ACUAUUCAUCUGUAAAACCGAUUACAUCACGGACACUGGUCAAUAGUCAAGAAGGUGACCACGACACUAGUACCACAAAUCGAUUAGGUCAGGUCAAGUUAAGUUAUUAAAUUUUGUGUGCAAGGAUGUAUAGCUGAGUAGAAUGUUGGAGUUAUGUGUAUGACUGUUGACGAGUGCAAAUUAACUGACCGUAGCUGACCACCAUAGGUCAACAUAGAUAAAAUGGACAACAGAAUAUAUUCAAAUAUGAACUUUAUGAGGAAUAUGCACAGUGAUAUUAAUGCUUAUGCGGACCCUAUGCGUUUUAUGGUGCCAGAAACUCCUCAGCAAUAUGAUAUUCCGGAUGAUAAUGGAAAUGAUACCACUGUAAAAUACGGACCCGUAUCCACCCCUGACUCAACCGCAAGUGGCGAAAGUUUUCCAUCGUCUUCGUUUUCAUCAACUUCAUCUUCAUCUUCACAAGAAGAAACGAAACACAAUAAAAAGCGGAAAACAGUAGGCACUCCGUACAUCCCAAGUUACAUGGACCUGAGUCAGGGUCCAGAACCAUGCGUUGUCUGUACUGAUGCGGCUACUGGGUACCAUUAUAGAUGUAUGACAUGUGAAGGCUGCAAGGGAUUUUUUCGACGCACAAUCCAGAAAAACUUACAAUACCAUUGCAAAUGGAACCAGUCGUGUAUCAUAGACAAAACAACAAGGAACCAGUGCCAAUAUUGUAGAUUUAAGAAAUGUUUAUAUGUUGGAAUGGCUGUCGAUUUGGUAUUAAAUGAAAAGCAGAGAAGAGCCAAACGGAAACUUAUAGAGGACAAUAGGAAAAAAAGACAAACUGAUGAUUUUAAACCAAAAGCUCUUGCGGAUGGAUGUUUGCAUGAAUUAAUGACUGAUAAUGACAGAUUGUUAAUUAAUGAAAUAGUUCAAGCGUAUGAUCAAACAAAUGUCACACUGCCACCAAAGGGAAGUGAGGUUGAAAACUCUGAUCCUGAGCCACACAGUCCUGAAGCAUGGCAGAAAAUGGCGGAAGCUAUGACGCCUUCCAUUGUUAAAGUUGUAGAAUUUGCCAAAGGCGUUCCCGGUUUUAUUCAGUUAUAUGUAGAUGAUCAGAUUUUGCUGCUGAAAUCCUGCUGUUUAGAGGUUAUGUGCCUUCGAGCUGCCUGUCGUUAUGAUGCUGAGAAAGAGACAUUAUUAAUGCAUAACGGCAUGUUAAUUAACAAAUCACAGAUUAAAUCUGAAGGAUUAGGAGUUUUAGUUGAACCCAUUUUUGAAUUUGCUGUCGGUCUCUCAAAGUUGCAGCUUGAUAAGACGGAACUGUCAUUGUUGUCUGCGGUGCUAUUAAUGCAGUCAGAUCGUUCCGGACUUAAAGAACCGGAAGCAGUUGAAAAAUUACAAGACGAAAUCCUUGGUGCUUUCAAGCGUUAUGUUGCGGAAAAAAGGCCCCACCAACCAGUACAUUGGGCGAAAAUUUUAAUGAAAGUAACAGACUUACGUACAAUUAGUACAAGACAUGCUGAACGGGUACUUUGUAUACGUCUCGAUCACUCCGGUGACGUACCAUCUCAUUUGUUGAAUUUAUUUGAUAACAAUGGCGGACAGGACUUCCUGUGAUAGAACAGACUGACGAUGCUAUGCUGAACUGAUUCACUGAAUUAUAACGAGAGUCACGUAACAAUGUCAAAUAAACGACUGCUGUGAUCAUGGCAACUCAGGGACCUUCAGUAUUGUAUUCGAAGUCAAGAGUUUUGUUGAGAAAUGUAUUUUUAUAUUUUACUUCAAAACUGGAAAAAUGAAACGAUAUUUUUCUGCAUCAGCAACGUGUUAUUUAUAUUAAAUGUGUUCAGUAAUAACCUAUUUAAAUUAAAAUAGAAUGACGGAACUGGAUGGAACAAAAAAAUAAGUGUUCAAUAUCACGUGGCUUGUAUAAUCUUGUCAUAAACAGAUUGAGGAUUGAGUUGUCUGACAAUGUACAAUUUCCGAAGGGAUUCUGUUAAAUGCCAUUCGCAUACUUGCCUAGAAUGUUGAACUGGUUCUUAUAGUAGCUAUAUCUUUAGAACAAUUAUUGAAUGUUUGAUGCAAGUUGAUGAAAUUAUUUUAUGUUUUGUUUUUAUUAUGUGCUGCCUGUUAUGUAUUUGCAUUCAUGUGAUAUUCGUUAAAUAUAUACUCAUUGGUCCCAAUUAAAAUAUGUUGUGUUACUAUAGCCCUUUCUCGUUAAUAGUUUUCAAGGUGGAAAUUUGACUUGAAGAUCUAAUUUUCUAACGAGUUAUUCUCCUUUGUUUUAGCUAUGCUUGUUAUUAUUCUAUAUCAAAGAAUGAUCUUAAUGUUUUAAAACAUAAAUUUGGAAUAUAAAGUCACAAUAUUUAAAUAAAUCAUAUUCUAUAUGAAUAAAAUCUCGCCAGUGCUCUCCAUUGUUAAAAAAAACUAGAUGGAAUAAUCUAAUCAAAUUAUCACUUUGUCUAGUUCAGAAUUUGAUUUAUACUGAAACUGAAUAUUUUAAGAGAUUGUAUUUGUCUCACUCAGACCUUUUUUGUUUCCAUUUGAAAUAUUUAGUUAUUUAUAAAUUAAAAGAAACUUAUUUGUAAGUUUAUACGAAACUGUUAUAAAACAUUUGCUGCUAGAUAUCCUCAGAUCAAUGGAUACCAAAGUAGUGUCCAUACGCGGGGUAAGGGAGGUAAUUCAUAUAUGAAUUAAAGGGAAUUAACUCCAACCGGUAAAUGAAUGUGUGCAUGUGUAUGUUGUAACUCUAUGGGAAUUUGUUUGUUGACCUGCAAUUUGAAUGUGUCUAGUUGUUAGGGGAAUCAGGGUAAUUGAGGAGAUUUCAUAAAUUAUUUUAAAAAUAAAUUCUAAAAAACGCUUGUGCUUGUUCCAACGAGUUGCUAUGGUAACAUUUAGUAUAUUCCUAUUCUUCAAAUUUUAUUACAGGUGAUACCAUUUGAAUAUGUAUUGAGUACAUACAAGUUGGCUUUGCUUGUUUGCUCAGAUGUAUUUGAUAGAUUUGAAUUCUUAAUUAGCUAUUGAAAAUGUAUAAACAGCUUGGUUUAUACCAACAUUGUAUAUCACCAUUUUUGAUUGUAGUAAACAAAUACAAUAUGUAUUUUACUUUUCAUCCAGCAAAUAAGCAUCUUAACUUUAUUGUACUUUCUACAACUUCGAAUAUAUUUGUUAUAACAAAUCAUUUUUUCUCUCGUGUCUUUUAGUUUAUUUUGCUCACGACACAAACUAUGCAGACAGCAGAAACUCGUUUCUUUAGGAACAUUUUACUAAUGGUAUAAUGCAUAACACUUGUCUUUGAGAAAAAAAAUCAUAUAACGUACGAAUCAUGGUAGAAAUAGCACACAAGAGAGGGCUGCAUUAUUUUAAAGAUCUUUAAAUAUUGAUGUACAUGUAGAUUGAAAAUUAACAUAUUUUGUUACAAUAUGUUUUUGUUGUAUCGAUUUCCAAAUAUUUUACAUCUACUACAAAUUGUUUUUCUAUGGUACUGCAUCUUUGCUAGCCAAGGGUUAUGAUCCACUCCCUGCUCUGUGAAAAGAGCGGGAGUGGAUCGUAACCCUUGGCUAGCUAAUAUGAUGGUACUGUGUCUUUAGAAAUAUGUUUCUCUAUGGUACUGUGUCUGUAGAAAUAUCUUUUUCUGCUUAUAUCAUGUUGUUACCACUCAGGGAGGCAUCACAUUCUAUUGUAUUAUUUUUCCUUAAGAUGAUUGUUGUUUGGAUUAUUUAUAUCAAAGUAUUUUAAUAUAUAAUGUUUAUUCGCCGUUUACCAACAUUCAGUGUAUCCAUCUUUUGAUUGGCCUUUAAUCUCAUUACUUAUAAGUUAUAAGAAUUUAUCGUCUUCUUUGGCAGUGUAUGCUGAUAGCAGUGUUCUUGUAAAAAUUUCAAUAUUUUUAAUGUGCCUUUUAUUUGACAAUGCUCACAAAACAAUUCAGGGAAGCUAGUACAUAUUUGAUAUACAUUUAAAAUGUUGAUGUGUUGCACAGUAAAUUAGUAAGAUUGAAUAGACAAAAGGUUCACUUAUAUAAUUAUGUUUUUGUUAUCGAGUUUAAAUUUUUAAAUUGUAUUUUUAAACGCAAUGUAUUUACCCGGUCACGUGUGAACCUUAACAUGUAUAAUCUCAGGGAUAUAGAAUGAUUGACUGUAAAUUGUUGAAUGUACUAUUAUUAUAUACUAGAAUGGAGCCAAGUUUCAGAUGCAACACAUUAAAACUAGUUUAGAGACUUCUUAUAAUGUACAAAUUGCUGUAAAAACAAGAUCGACAUUAUACAUCAGAUUUAUAUUUUCAUUGUGUCAUGCAUUUUAAGAAUUAUAUGAAUUUCAUGAAUUUUCAGAAAAAUUGUUCUCACUUCUCAGGUAUAUUGUUAAUUGUUGGAAUGAAAACAAAUUUGGUUCGAAAUUUAAAGCUUUUAUUUUUCUGUCAAGAUAGUAAUAAUUUCUAGUAAUUUUUGUCCCAGUAUAAAUUUCUGAUGUUUUGCAGAUAUCAUAUUGCAGUAUUUAUUUAAAGGUACCAAUGAUCAGAAUGUUAUACUCUGUCUAGUGCUGCAGGAAACAGUGCUUUAAUAGUGCUAUCGUAAACAUUCCACUCAAAACAUAAAGAAAAGGCAUCGUCUUACUCCCUGAAAUCAAUUAACUUUCCUGAUUUGAUUUGCUAU